AUGCGACACAACUCCAUCACCGCCAACUGUGACGCCACCAACACCAACUGUGACGCCUUCGACACCCACACGACUCCGCCAACAGAAACACCACCCACAGAGACUCCGCCAACUGAAACACCACCCACAGAGACUCCGCCAACUGAAACACCACCCACAGAGACUCCGCCAACUGAAACACCACCCACAGAGACUCCGCCAACUGAAACACCACCCACAGAGACUCCGCCAACUGAAACACCACCCACAGAGACUCCGCCAACAUCAUCUCAGACGCCAUCUCUGCCGACUGAAACACCGCCCACGCCCUCUGGAACACCUUCGCCGCCUACACCAACUCCAUCUACGUCUCCAGCAACGGAGACGCCAUGCGACACAACUCCAUCACCGCCAAGUGUGACGCCAUCAACACCAUCUGUGACGCCUUCGACACCCACAGCGACUCCCUCAACUGAAACACCACCCACAGAGACUCCGCCAACUGAAACACCACCCACAGAGACUCCGCCAACUGAAACGCCACCCACAGAGACUCCGCCAACUGAAACACCACCCACAGAGACUCCGCCAACUGCAACGCCGCCCACAGAGACUACGCCAACACCUACUCAGACUCCGUCCCCUCCCACGGACACGACCUCGCCACCUACCACCACGAUCACAGAUACUCCAACCCACAAGACCAACAACGUGUCCAACCUCUGCAGUGACUACUCCGAGACCCACUACCCUGUCGUCAACAACAUUGAUACCCACGACGGUAACUACCCCGAGGCCAACGACUCUUCCGCCCACGACAGUGACUACUCCGAGACCUACGACGUGUCCACCCACGACAGUGACUACUCCGAGACCAACGACUCUACCACCCACGACAGUGACUUCUCGAAGACCUACGACGUGUCCAACCACAACAGUGACUACUCCGAGACCUACGACUCUCCCUCCUACGACAGUGACUACUCCGAGACCAACGACUCUACCACCCACGACAGUGACUACUUCGAGACCUACGACUUGUCCAACCACAACAGUGACUACUCCGAGACCUACGACUCUCCCUCCUACGACAGUGACUUCUCCGAGACCAACGACUCUCCCUCCCACGACGGUUACUACUCCAAGACCUACGACCAGCCCUCCUACGACAGUGACUUCUCCGAGACCAACGACUCUCCCACCCACGACAGUGACUACUCCGAGACCUACGACUUUGACCACUCCGAGACCAACGACUCUUCCACCCACGACGGUUACUACUCCGAGACCUACGACUCUUCCACCCACGACGGUUACUACUCCGAGACCUACGACUCUUCCACCCACGACAGUGACUACUCCGAGACCUACGACUUGUCCACCCACGACAGUGACCACUCCGAGACCAACGACUCUCCCACCCACGACGGUUACUACUCCGAGACCUACGACUCUUCCACCCACGACAGUUACUACUCCGAGACCUACGACUCUUCCACCCACGACAGUGACCACUCCGAGACCAACGACUCUCCCACCCACGACGGUUACUACUCCGAGACCUACGACUCUUCCACCCACGACAGUUACUACUCCGAGACCUACGACUCUUCCACCCACGACAGUGACUACUCCGAGACCCACGACUCUCCCGCCCACGACUUUGCGACCUACGACGGUAACUACCCAAAGGCCUACCACCAUCUUGACUACUACUUUGUGCCCCUCUACCGUGUCGUCCACAACUUUGAGACCUACGACGGUAACUACCCCAAGACCCACGACGCUUCCACCCACGACAGUGACUUCUCCAUGCCCAACCACCCUUUCGUCCACGACGGUUACUACUCAAAAGCCCACUACAAUCUUAACAACAACACUGUGCCCUGCCACCCUUUCGUCUACAACUAUGAAACCCACGACGAUAACUACUCAAAAACCUAG